UUAUGAGAUGCCAAACGAAAUGUGAUUGUCUCGGCUGUGAUUUUCAGAGAUUUUGUCGUAUAUGUACACAAAGGGGGCUGCCUCCUCUCUACUCCGGAAUGUAAAAGAAGUGAACGAUCGAAAGGAAAGAGAGAAAUACUCGGCGCUGCGGCGUGUGGUUCUGCUCUGACGUUGUUGUCUGCAGCAGCAGGCCGGAAAGCUAUGGCGCAGAGUACAAGUUGUAACUGCAGAAUAUUAAGCUUACGCUUCGCCGACAACCAGGUCUUGCUGCUGUGAUAUUAUAUCCUGACUGAUAUACCUGGUCGUGUUUAAGUACAGACAAACAUGGAGGGGUCAGAGAUAACGUUUCUCUUCCAAUUUGGAUUGACUAGAGACACCAUUACCGUGGAGUCUGGUAGUCUGACAUUGAAAACCCUCAAAGAUCAUGCCUGUGGCUUUAUCAAUGAUAAGUAUCCUGAUCAUGGUUUAAGUCAAUUGUUUGACAGACUACUUCUCUUCAAGCAUGACUACAAUUCCACAAACAUUUUACAACUCAUUACUAAUACAACUGAAGUCAUAGAUGAAACUUUAGUUGAAAUUAUUGUAUCUGCUCAAGUACCUUGUGAGCAGAUACCCAUUAGACCUCAUGCACUAUCAGUUCAUUCAUAUAAAGCACCAACGUUUUGCGAUUUUUGUGGUGAGAUGCUUUUUGGUCUUGUACGACAAGGAUUAAAAUGUGAAGGCUGUGGUAUGAAUUUCCACAAGCGAUGCGUGGUCAAGGCGCCCAACAACUGUUCACAAGAGCUGGGCCAGAGGCGGCGGAGCUCGACAUUUUUGAAUGUGCCCAGGUCCCCGAGUCAAGGCUCGACCAGCAGCCUCACGAGCGCCAGCGACGACAACCACAGUGCAACAGUGACUCCAAGUUCAAGUCAAAAUAACAGCACUCUCGCCAUUCCAAGUAUAAUAACUCCCAAGCAAUCCCGUUCGCCGUCGCUUGGCGGACGACCCGCGUGGGUGGAGCGCGAGCUCGCAACCCGUGUCAGGAUCCCGCACACGUUCGUGGUCCACACGUACACCCGACCGACCGUCUGCGGCUACUGCAAGAAGCUGCUGCGCGGCCUCUUCAAGCAGGGCUUCCAGUGCAAGGACUGCCAGUACAAUGCCCACAAGAAGUGCAUUGAGAAGAUACCGAAAGAUUGCACCGGGGAGAAUCCGAUCGACGGUGCUGGUGGCGAGUACCCUGACAGUGGAGUUGGCAGCGAGCCAGAAGGUAGGGGCGAGGAAGGCCGUAACGAGGAGGGGGACAAUGACAGUGACACGGAAUCAUCUCCCCCGCCUACCCACGUGUCUUUCAUGUCAGACGAUAACAACAAAGUCAAUGGGGAGUACACUGAUCACACGCCGACUCGGGACGAAUCUUCCGAAGACUUGGAUAAGUCAAGACCAGCAAGCUCAACUCCUAGUAAUAACAUUCCGUUAAUGCGAAUAGUUCAAAGUGUAAAGCACACAAAAAAGCGAGGGUCCAAAGUGUUGAAAGAAGGCUGGAUGGUUCAUUUCACGAAUCGGGAUUCCAUCAGAAAAAGAUAUUUUUGGAGACUCGACACAAAAGCAAUAACAUUGUUCCAAAGCGACGCCGGGUCAAAAUACUACAAGGAGAUUCCACUAUCGGAAAUUUUAGCAAUUGAAACUGCCAGAACUCCCCGAGGUGGUGAAUCAAUGCACUGCUUUGAAUUAUCAACGACUAAUAUUGAUUAUUACGUUGGGGAGGAUUUGUCUUACGGUUAUGAAAGAGGUCAACCGCCACCACCAGAAAGUGGAGUUGGUGCCCAUUUAGCUCGAUCUUGGGAGACGAGCAUCCGACAAGCUUUAAUGCCCGUCACAACUUCUACGAAUCAAGAAUCUGAAUCGUCAGAGCCCGAGGAAAAUAUAACAGACAUGUCACAGCUUUACCAGAUUAUUCCAGAUGAAGUUCUGGGCUCUGGUCAGUUCGGGAUCGUCUACGGAGGAGUUCAUCGCAAGACUUCCCGGGCCGUUGCCAUUAAAGUCAUUGAUAAAUUGCGCUUUCCCACCAAACAGGAAGCUCAAUUGAAAAACGAAGUGGCAAUCUUACAAAAUCUGUCGCAUCAGAGCGUAGUGAAUUUAGAGCGAAUGUUUGAAACUCCGGAGAGAAUUUUCGUGGUAAUGGAAAAGUUAAAGGGCGACAUGCUAGAAAUGAUACUUAGUUCGGAAAAAGGCCGGCUCAGCGAGAGAAUAACGAAAUUUUUAAUAACGCAAAUUCUCGUCGCUUUGAAAUAUUUGCACAGCAAGAACAUCGUGCACUGUGAUUUGAAACCCGAAAACGUUUUGUUGAGCAGCAACAGCGAGUUCACGCAAGUGAAACUGUGUGACUUUGGUUUUGCGAGGAUCAUUGGUGAAAAAAGUUUUCGAAGAAGUGUCGUCGGUACACCAGCGUAUUUGGCACCUGAAGUCUUGAGAAACAAGGGCUACAAUCGUUCGUUGGACAUGUGGAGCGUUGGAGUUAUAGUAUACGUUUCCCUUAGCGGAACUUUCCCUUUCAACGAGGAAGAAGAUAUCAACGAGCAAAUACAAAAUGCCGCCUUCAUGUAUCCAGCAAAUCCAUGGAAGGAAAUAUCUGAUGAUGCUAUUGAUCUAAUUAAUAAUUUACUCCAAGUGAAGCAACGAAAGCGGUAUUCAGUCGACAAAAGUUUGCUGCACAUUUGGUUACAAGACUAUCAAACGUGGUGUGACUUGCGCGAAUUGGAAAGACGAGUGGGUUGUCGUUAUCUGACGCACGAAAGCGACGAUACGCGCUGGGAAAACUUUUUAUCUGGUAACGCGGCCGCUGCUGCGCCACCAACAAACGACGUCGACGCGGACAACGCAUGACACAGUCAUAGUUUGCUGUCAGAUAUUUCAGAGGCUCAACAACCGACGCCCUCGUCGUCACCCCUCGGCAAAGGUUGGCUACGCACUUUACGCGAUAGCCUGAGGCGCUUUAUACGUGCCUGACCCAGUGGAACUUAUGCUUAAGGGUAAUUUGUACUCAGCAUGUCUUCACCGAAACGACACUUGCGUCC